AUGAACCCUCAAGAGCUCGCCGAUCAGCUAGCAGAACUCCAAAUCGAAUUCUCCUCGUUGGACUCGUCUCUCGUCGCGGCGAUACUUAGUGACACAGAGUCCCCUGCAGAAGCCCGAAAAACCCUCGGAGAGCUCGCCCAAUUCACUCAAGUCGACGACAGCGUCGAUAACAAUUCCCCGGAGUGGUCAAUCAGCGAUGAGACUGAUCCGACUACCUACUCGCUUUCCUCGUGGCGCAUAGAGGAUGAUGAGGAUGACACUCCUGGGGCCAGAGACAAUGCGGCGUUCCUGGGACAUAUGUUCCCAACGCUGUCGGCCUUUUCGAUCAGUGCAACCCUUGAUAGGUGUCAAGGAGACCUCGCGCGCGCAACCGACGAGCUCCUCAAUCGCGUCUUCCUCGCGGAUGACCCUGAGGACGAUGUGGUGCGCGGCGUAGAUGGCUUUGAUGCGGGGCUAAACGGCGCAAAGGGGAAAAAGAAGGGCCGCAAAGGGCGUAAGAAUGGAAAAACGCUUACCCUUGAAAAUGACCCACCCAGCCAGAUUCGCCUAACAGCCGGUCCCGCAAACACAAACACAAAUGACUCCCCCUCUAGGUGGGAAGAAAUGGCAUCUGAGAUAUCCUAUCUUUCAGACUCCCUCAAUCUACCUGAGAAAGCGGUCGGGGCGGCGUAUCGCCGCCAUAGUAGCGCACUUGGCCCUACAAUCGCGACUCUUCUUGAAGACAAUUCUUCCAGCGGUGCUGAGCUCGACCCGACGCAUUUAGCUCAGCUCCAAGAUCUAUCCGCGAUGUUUGGUAGCAGUGUGAAGCGCCGACACCUUGAGACCCUGCUCCAUCUCUGCAAAGAGAACACACCGGCCGUCUUCAAACUCGCCGAGGUUCUUAGCCGCGAACCAAAACUCACUGUCCAAAUCGUGAACUCCGUCCCUACUACCCCAAGUUCUCCUCCCUCCACUCCCCUUAAUGGCUGGGUCUCCGUCGGCGGCCCAUCCACCGCUCGCUCGGUCCCCAACUCCCCACCAGUCUCCCCGCGCUUCCAGCCCCGCCCCCUCCAAAACCUCUCCGCACAGACCACCGCCCGCAACGAGGCCUUCGCCAAAGCAGCCGCCUCCUAUCGCAAGUCCAGAUCCGACCAUCUCAUGGGCGGCGCCGCCGCCUUCUACUCCGACGUUGGCCACAACCACAACGCCGCAGUCAGGAGUCUGCGCGAGGAGGCCGCACAGCAGCUCAUCUCGUCCAACAGCACGCUCAACAACCUUGACCUACACGGUGUAACCGUGUCGCAGGGCGUGCGCUUCGCGCGGGAGAAGACCACGGACUGGUGGGUGCGGCAGCGCCGCGAGCAGGAGCUCGCUGGCGGCGGUAGGCGCGAGGUCACACCGUUCCAUAUUGUAUGUGGCGCUGGGCGUCACAGCAAGGAUGGGAUACCGCAGCUGCUGCCGGCGGUGACGAAGGUGCUGGUGAAGGAGGGGUGGAGAGUGGUGUGCGAUCAUGGGAAGGUUGUGGUUGUGGGCGUCAGUGGGGCCAGGGCGAGGCAGAGGAGCUUAUAA